CUUACGGGAUAGAAAGAAUCGCAUCAGACAUCCAAGCUGUCAAUCUUGAUGGUGUUGUUCAUUUGUUCAAGGGCGUUAGUGCCGAAGAAGUCGCAAGACCGACUGGACCAGUCGACCUACUGAUUGGCUACGAGUAUGCAGGGUUUCAUCCGCAGCUAGAAAGAAGAAACGGACAUCUUCUGCUACUGAAAAACCAGUUUGGAAAAUGCAUUGGUGGCAAACACCCAAGCAUCAAAGAAACUCACCAAACCAGUGCGUUGACUAGUGCCCGAGCCUAUCAUGUCAAUGCCAUUAAUGUUGAGGACAUCUACAACAUUGAAGGUUUGGGGGUAGCUUGUUCACCAUGCUGUGGAGGUUGUAAAUGUGGAAAGUGUCCAAAGGGAAGCAAUGAUUACACCCUCAAAGAAGAGAGAGAACUGAAGCUGAUCGAAAGCAAAUUGACGUUUGACGACGAAGAGAAGAAAUGGACCGCAGAAUACCAGUGGAUAAGAAAUCCGCAAGAAUUACCUGACAACAGAAGGGCAGCAAUGAGAGAUGCGAAUGAAGAAGAGCUAAAUAGUGAAAUUGAACAAAACAAUGAAAUAACAAGUGAUGUUGAAGAAAGACAAGUGGACGAGGAAAGACCACACGUUGGUCAAGCACAUGAAAGUCAUGAAUCAAGAGAAGUGGAGGAAACACAGAGACUUGUUAAAGUGAACGGUGAAGGGAGUCGAUCAAGUGAGAGAAACGAAAUACGGAGAAGACAAGCAAAGAGAGUUGUUGAACCGAGCAACACUACGAGACAAAUAGUUACGCAAGCUGGUGAGAAGAGGAAAGGCAGUCCUGAUGUACAACUUCUUGGUAGAAAGAGAAAAGACACCGAUGGACGGAACGAACAAAAGAAUGUUGUUGAUAAAAAAGAAACUGCAGCGAGAGAUGUUAUUGCAAGGCAGGACAUUGACACAAGGAAGAAUGAUGUGAGGGUACAAAACAAGCGCAGAGUUGUUCGGGCAGUCGGUGACACAAACCUCAUUGCGGAACGCAACAUCGGUGCAACGAGUGAUUUUCUUAUUACGAAAGUCAUCAGAGCAAAGAAUGAUGGUGGUGCAAGAAAUGAUGAAAAGGCGAAGGAAAGUUCUGGCACCAGAAUGAGCGCUGAGCAGAGAAAUGAGGGUGAUAUGACCAGCAACACAACAGAGAUCACAAGGAAAGAUGUUGCCGCCCACAAUAAUAGUGACUCUAAGGAAGAUGCUGGCAGUGUACUCAGUGGCGAAGAAAGUGACAACAGUAACACCACACAUGUUCACAUAAGGAAUGGCGACUUGCGAAAUUCUGAUGCAAGAGAGAGUCAGAAAGGUGGUGGAAAAACCUUGACGGACACAUCAAGAAACAAUGAAGCCUCGAGCAAGGCAAUUCGUAAGAGUUUGGAAAACUAUUCAUUUUCCCCGUGUGUGAUAAAGGACACGCCAGUAGAAAUGGUUUAAAACAUCAUUAUAAGACACAUCAGAAUGGCAAUGAGAACAAAACGUAUUUGUAUUAUUGCCAUGAAUGUAAGGAAGGUUUUGAGACGAAGAGAAAGUUCUGGUUGCAUGAUGUGAAAGUUCGUGGACUUAUUGAAACGUCGUCGGAUGAAAGUGAUUCAGAAAUGGUUGCAGGGCAUGAAGAGAGAGUUGGCAGCACGCGGCUAAGCAUGACAGACACAAGAACUGAUGUAAGGAGUGGUAGAGAUGUAAGAGGUGCUAGGAUGGACUGGAGACUUGGUAGGGUCCCAAAAUUCAAGUCUGGAAACGAUGGAAAGGUUAGGAACGUCAAAGUUCAGUACAAGAAUCCAAAGAGUGGAGAACCCAUCAAUAAAUAUGGUGGUCAAGAUUAUGUCACAGUUGAACGAGCCAUUCACCGAUUAGUGGUAAUUCUGCCUGCUGAUCAUGAUGAUAAGUGA